AACAACCCCAGUAUCAAUUGAGUUUCCGAUGCAGUAACCAAUCUAAACAUGUUCAAAACCUUCCUGCUACUUGUGCUACUUGGAGUGAACGCUUUUUGGGCUAUAGAUCCUUGUGUCGUGCAGCUGAAUUCCAAAACUAGAGCUGUCGGCAUUCGUAAUGUUACUUUCACCGGUACUCCACAUUGUGUCUACCUGGGCGUUCGCUACGCACUGCCUCCGAAGGGGACCAGACGGUUUUGGAACCCUGAGCUGUAUACUCCAAGAGGAUCGCAGAAUUAUACCACAUUCGGCAGUAUAUGUCCACAGUGGGAGGACAUGUCCAAGGAAGGCGAAAAGCUCGUAGGUGAUGAAGAUUGUCUGUUCAUGAACAUGUAUGUCCCGAAAAAUCGAAAGUCCAAGCAACAAAAAUAUCCAGUGUUAGUGUACCUUCACGGCGGGUCUUAUUUGGUAGGAUCUGCUGAGAACUAUUCCAUUUUUGGGGUGGAUCUUUUGAUUGAUAAUGAAGUCUUGGUGAUCGCCGUCAAUUACCGAUUGUAUGUCUUGGGAUUUCUGCGAGUGCCGGAAUGGAAUGUGACGGGUAAUUUUGGACUGAAAGACCAGCGCGCAGCACUACAGUGGAUUCAAAGAUAUAUAGCGGACUUCGGUGGAGAUCCCGAUAGAGUUACUCUCAUGGGUCACAGUGCAGGAGCAGCAUCGGCUGCUCACCAUCUGUACUCCGCCAGUUCUCGUGGCCUUUUUCACCGGUUGAUAUUGAUUGGUGGCACAAACAUCAACCCUUUCGCUUUCCGACGCGUCGAGGUCCCGAACAUGAGCGAAAAGCUGAAGACGCGAUUCAACGUUUCUUCCUUGGAAGAACUACAACAGGUACACAUCAGCGAGCUCUAUGGCGCCAGGAUACUUCGAGACGUGUUCUUUUUCAACGAUGUCAUUUCGUAUUUCACUCCUAACCUAGAAGACCCAGCCGAUCCCGAAGCAGUCAUCGCCGAGUCUCCCUAUGAGCUGGUCCAACGGAAACCCGCCAACCAAGUUCCUAUCAUGAUGGGAUUGACUGCUACGGAGAUGGAAAAGAUACAAUUCAAACGCAACGAGUUUUUCGUGGGAAAGAAAGUACCGAUGAAGCACGAGCAGGUGGUACCGAACAUCUACAAACUGGUAGCACACGAAUUGAAGUCCAUUGAGUUUGCCACGUUUGUCGGGAAACUGCUGAACAUGGUCAGCGCGUACUACCCGAUGAAGCGGCUUGCGCGACAACUUUUGGAUUGCGAAAACGAUCAGCCCUUGUAUUACUUCCGGUUUGAGUAUGACGGCCGUUUCGGUUACUCAAAGCGCGAGUUAAGUAAAGGCAUGAUCCGCGAGCACUUUUACGGAGCUGUCCACGGGGAUGAUUUGGCGUACGUGUUCUCGCCGUACAUUGUGCGUGAAGCUCUGGCCAAUCGUAGUGCGUUUCGAGACGAAUGGAAAGUGCACAAAAGGAUGGUUGAGCUUGUGACUAACUUUGUGAAAUUUGGAAAUCCAACUCCUGCAGAGAAAAGUUCAGACGUUUUCUGGCCGCCUUAUAAUAGAGGAAAUACAACCGAACGACGGUACUUGAAUAUGGACAAAGAGUUUGAGGUACGGAUUGAGCGAGAUGAUCAGGACUAUUACUACCAGUUUUGGGAAUCAAUUUAUCAGUGUUUAUUCUACUUCGAUUGUGAUGCUAUGGAUGCAAGAGUUAGAGAGCUGCCGGAAGGCGAUUACUCAGAUAAGAGGUUUACGAAUUAUAGAUAACAAUUGGUUCAAUAAACGGAAAUGUCAAGUCUGAUUUGCUAUUAACUAAGUGGCCCAUA